AUGUCCGACCACGAGCACGAGAAGGCCUACCACGAGAAAUCGCCCGGCGCUCACGUCGAGGUGCAGGCUGCCGAGGAUUACCACGAUGAGCUCGAGCACACCCACGUCGGCGAGCACGGCCUCAAGCGCGACCUGCCCCCGCGCGUCGUGACCAUGAUUGCCAUCGCUGGUACUAUUGGUACAGGUUUGUUCGUCGGCUCUGGCGUGUCUCUCACCCGCGGUGGUCCCGUCGGUCUUUGGCUCGGAUACACUCUUGUUGGUACUGGUGUCGGUACCAUGAUGGUCUCGCUUGGUGAAAUGUCUUGCUUUGCCCCCAACGUUGGUGGUUACGUCGAGAUGGCAACCAAGUACGUCGACCCCGCCAUGGGUUUCAUGAUGGGUAUCAACGCUUUCCUGUCCUGCGCGUUCGGUAUCCCCACCGAACUCACCGCUAUUGCAUCCCUCUUCACCUACUGGGACCACAACCUCAAUCACGCCGCGGCUUACAUCACGGCGUUCAUGAUUCUCACGAUUCUCGUCAACAUCAUGGGCGUCAAGUACUACGGCGAGAUUGAGUUCUUCUUUGCCUGUCUCAAGCUCUCGACCCUCAUUGGCCUCAUGAUUUUCGCCCUCAUCUUCAACCUGGGCGGCGUGCCCACCAACAGGACAUUCAUUGGUGGCAAGUUCUGGCGCGAGGAACCCUUCAACAACAAUUACCUCGGCAUCAAGCCCCAAUCUCUGUCCAACUUCCUCGGUUUCUGGGCCGUCUUCACCGGCGCCGCGUUCGCUUACUCGACCAUCGAGUCGGUCGCCGUCAUGGGUGGUGAGGCGCACAACCCGCGCAAGAACAUUGCCAAGGCGAUCAAGACCACCUUUAUCCGUAUCCUGUUCAUCUACGUUAUCGGUACCCUCAUGAUCUCCCUCACCGUCAACUUCAAGGACCCUCUCCUUCUCUCCGAGAUCGAGAAGGACAGCGGCAACGCCGGCUCUGCGCCCUGGGUCAUCAUGUGCCGUAACGCCAACGUCAAGGUCCUCCCGCACAUCAUCAACGCCGUGGUCAUCUCCUCUGCGCUCUCGUCUGGUAACGAGCAGCUCUACGUCCUCUCUCGUCUGCUCAUGGCCUUGGCUCGCGAGCGCCAGCUCCCCAAGAUGUUUAUGCGCACCUCCAAGAACGGUAUCCCCUACAUGGGUGUCGGAGUCGGCGCUCUCUUCUGUUGCCUCGCCUACCUCUCCGUCUCGAACGGCUCCAACCAGGCCUUCAUCUGGCUUUCCAACCUCUCGGCCCUCUCGGCCCUGAUCACCUGGAGCGGUAUCGGUCUCUGCUUCGUUCGCUUCAAGAAGGCCUGCGACCUCCAGGGAGUCGACCGCAGGAAGUUCACCUACCGUGGCUGGUGCCAGCCCUACCUGGCGUACUACACCAUCUUCCUCUUCAUGCUCGUGCUCAUUACCAACGGUUUCGGCGCGUGGAUCCCGACCUUUGACGUUGCCACCUUCUUCGCGUCGUACAUCACCAUCCCAGUCGUCGUUAUUUGCUUCGUUGGCUGGAAGAUCUACGGCAAGACCAAGUUUGUGCGCAUCGACGAGAUCGACCUCUCCAAGGGUCCCCCCGAUGCCCUCCGCGGUACCCGCUACGACCCGAUGAUGACGUCGCACAACUAUUCUACUGGUAUUUCCGCAUAA